GGCGGCGGCCGGAGCGGGACUUCCUUCAGGGAUCCCGCUAGAAAAAGCAGCCCGGGAGCGGAGGUGACACGUAAGUGCGGGGUUGGAAGGUGGCCAAGGCGAGGCGGAGAGCCGGAGAAGAUUCCUUUUCGGCGGUUUGGCAACGGAAAAGUAACUUUAGCCGGAAAGGAGCUUUGGAGAGUCUCCGAGGGGAGCCUUACAUUGGAGGAAGAGUCGCGCAGGGCUCCCUUCACCCCAUCCCUGCAAAAGCGAGGGGGCGCUUGGCACCCAGCCCCGGCGGGACUGUCCCCGCAGCGGUGCUGGGGAACUGGCGGCAGAUCAUUCACCUUGAAAGUCGGCAGAGUGAUUGGUGGAGCAAGGGCGAGCCUGCCCGGAGAUGUCCCGUUUCUUGUGAACUGCAUCUCCGGGGUGUGCUGGGGACGGCUUCCUUUUCGAUGCCCGCGGCCAGCUGAACUGGCCUCUUCUAGAGCGCCGGGGACCCUCCCUCCUCUCCAGGCAGCGCCCGAUAUCAGUCUCCUGGGAACCUGUAGCCCUUGCCAAGCUCGCUGUGCUAUGACCUUGGAUUCCUGGCAGCGCCUUGCUCAGUGCCAGGUUGCAGCUAGUUAAAGUUUGCACCGGGGCCUAUGGCAGCAGCUGCACCAGAAAUUCCUAUUCUCUGAGGUCUCUUUCUUGUUCAUGGUGUGGCCCGAUGCCGCUGAAGUCCUAGGUGGACGUCUACUUGGAUCCCACCUCGAAGGUAGGGACUAUGGGCAACGGGAUGUGUUCCCGAAAGCAGAAGCGGAUCCUGCAGUCUCUCUUGCUCCUCACCGUGGUGUUUGGCUUCAUCUAUGGGGCAAUGCUGUACUAUGAGUUGCAGAACCAGCUGAGGAAGGCUGAGGCUGUGGCCCUCAAGUAUCAACAGCAUCAAGAGUCCCUCUCAGCACAGUUACAAGUUGUGUAUGAACAUCGAUCAAGAUUAGAAAAAUCUUUACAGAAAGAAAGGCUUGAACAUAAGAAAGCAAAAGAAGACUUUCUUGUUUAUAAAUUAGAAGCACAAGAAACGUUAAAUAAAGGAAGGCAAGAUUCCAAUAGCAGAUAUAGUGCACUGAAUGUACAACACCAGAUGCUGAAGAGCCAGCAUGAAGAACUAAAGAAACAGCACGCAGAUCUGGAAGAUGAGCACAGGAGACAGGGAGAUGAUUUCAACCAAGCAGUUGAUGACCACAAGCAGAGAUACAUGCAGUUACAGCAAAAAAAGGAGCAGGAGCUGUCCAAAUUAAAAGAAUCCAUGUACAACCUCCAAGAAGAAAACAGGCAGUUGAGGAAAUCCCACCAAGAUAUUCAUACUCAGCUACAAGAUGUGAAGUUUCAGCAUAAGAAUUUAAUCUCCCAGCACAACCAGCUUGUAGUGACAUUGGAAGAACACAAGAGCGCACUAAACGCUGCGCAGUCUCAGGUGGAAGAAUACAGGCAGUUGAAGGACACCUUAAAAAAGAUGCCCAGUUUCCAGAAACCUGAAAAAUUUGAGCCGCCACAUGGUUUGCCUGUGACACCUGUGCCUUCUCCUCUGAGUGAUUCCAAAAUACAUGGCACAGAUGCCGCUAAAGAGCAGAAAGAGAUUAUGGAAAAUGGUGAGCAGCCACAAGGGGGAGAAGAAGCUAUUAAAGUAAUUCCUAGGGAAGGAAGAGAACAGACAGCAGAACUUUUUCAUCCUGACAGAAAAGUGAUGGAAGGUCACGUGCUGCGGGAAUUAAAUAUUCAGGAAAAGCAAGAAGCGGGAGAAGAUGAGGAGCAACACGCAGAGCAAGAUGAAGAAGAGCAGAAAAAGGAACUAGAAGAAGAAGAAAUGGAACAAGCUGGGCAACCAGAACACUUAACAGAUGAUCUUGACCAAAUCCCAGAAGAGCAUGAAUGGAAGGAGAAUGAACAGACUGAAGAAGAAACCAACACAGUCGUGGAACACAGCCAUUCACAGGAACCACCAACAGUAAAGACUGCAGCAAGGUACAAGUCGCCCUAUGAACAGCAGCUGGAGCAACAGAAGCUGGCCGCCCAGAGAGCAGAAGAAGCCAGCCGCUUAAGAGAACGUCAGGAGGCUCUGCAUCAGGGGAGGCUUCAGGAGCAGUUGCACCGGCAGCAGCAACUUCAAGAGAGGGAGCUGAUGCUGCGGAGGCAGGCAGAGCAGGAUGAAGAACAGUUUAAGCACCACCUCAGCCAGCAAUCCCAUUAUGACAACAUAGACCAGGAUAUCGUGCAAGGAGGAGAACCAGGUGCCCAUGAAGAAGAUGAAAAUUAUGAGAGACAGAACCAGCAUCCAAGCAAAGUAGAAGAUGAUGAUCAGAAUAAACCUGUGAAUGAGCAACAGGACCCAGAACUGGAGCAUCAGCCAGAAAAUGAGCAGAAUGAAGAACAGAAGACAGCUGUGGAUGAUAUCAACCCAGCUGAUGAUCCCAACAAUCAGGGAGAAGAUGAGUUUGAAGAAGCAGAGCAAGAGAGGGAAGAGAAUCUACCUGAAGAGAAUAAGGAGAUAAAACCAAAUAACCAGAAACAAGAGAAUUCUGAAAUGGAAGAGCAUUUGGUGGUGGUGGGCAACCUGGAUCAGCAGGAAGACAAUGUUGAUGAGCAAUACCAGGAAGAGGGAGAAGAAGAGGCCCAAGGACAACUGCCUGAGGAGAAGAAAAGGGGGUUGGAACACAAUGGUGAAGAUCCAUAUGGUGAAAAUGAUGAAAAUGCUGAAGAAAAGAUGAACGAAGGAGUCGAUCAAGAGGAAGACAUUCAGGAAGGAAAGCGACAGAAAGAAGGACAUGAUGAAAACUAUGAGGAAGAGGAAGACGAAGAGGAGGACGAAGGUGCUGCUGUUGCAGCAAAAGUCCACAGACGAGGGGAAAUGUAAUUCUGAGAUUGUUUCCCAACACUGUGUGGGAGAAAAAGACAUGAGGGGAGAGCGAAAUUGUGUAGACCAGUGUUUCUCUACCUUGGCAACUUUAAGAUGUGUGGGCUUCAACUCUCAGAAUUCCCCAGCCAGCAUGGAAUGAACUGAAUGACUGAAUGAAUUCCCCAGCAUGCUGGCUGGGGAAUUCUGGGAGUUGAAGCCCACACAUCUUAAAGUUGCCAGGGUAGAGAAACACUGGUGUAACCUCUAGAGAAAGACAGGAUGAGCCUUUAAAAAAAUGAAUAUAUUAUAUUUUUUUUAUUGGAGUUUUUUGUGCAUUUAUAUGAAUACAGUAUUUUAGGUUGCAUUUUUAAUAUAAGUUUUAUGUGGCAAAAAUAGAAUAGAAAAGCUAUUCUUUUUUCUCUUUUUUCUUAAUUUGUAUAAUGCUUUUAAAAAAAGGGUAUAUGUGCUUUUGUUUGGCAUUGUCCAAAUAGUGGGAAGCUUUUUGCUUCCAAUGCAUUCUUUAAGCCAACAAUAAAACUAGUGCCUGAGCUUGAAGCUUGAGGAAGGGCUGAUUGAACCCAUAUCUCAAUCAUUUGAUGCCCAUUCACUUCUGCGAGCCUGCUGGUUGGUGACUUGCCCUGUGUUCAUUUUGGUUAGAAUCAGUUUGGCCAGCUGUCAUUGAUGCAGAUGUUGUUAACCCAGAUUUAUGACAGCUAUGUUGGCAUAUGCCAAAAGGUCCAGCAACAGGUGAAUGCCUGAAUGUGUGUCAGAUCAGAGUGUUAGUUCAUUCCACUUCUGUGUUUGUAGGCAGGGUAUUAUCCUACUGUUCAUGCUUAUGAACUUCCCAGUGGUUGGCCAUUGUGUGACAGAGAAUGAUGGUCUAUAUGGUUGUUUGUUCUGAUCCAGCAGGGUAACUCUUAUAUUUGACCUUGCCUUACACAUCCUAGUGCUCUCUCCAGGUUUGUUAGGACUGCAACUGGGUGGAAAUUUGGGACUUACAGCCAUAACACAACUUAAGGGUAUGAAGUUAGAAAGGCUGCCUUAACCCAAGAUUAGUUGUCAUGUGUUGAUGAAGAUAGAAUGGUCUUUCAUUGACUUGUUUUCUUUUUUCUGUGAAAGCCCACUAUUAAAAACAGUGGAAAUUGCUUCUGAGUAGACAUGUGUACAUUUUUGUAAUUAGAUACUCCAUUUUUUUCUAGUUCAAAAGGUGAUAUGUAUAUGUGAUUCUCUUCUCCAUCUGGUUUAUUUACAGUCAGCCAUACUUUGUUUUUACCAUAGCAGAAUUCAUUAAAAAAGUUGCAUUGGACUAAUUUCAGGUUUUUUAGGGUUUUUUAAAUAGUUUUCUCUCAAGGCUUUGUUAUCACAGUGAUUCCCACAAGGGUCUUAAAAACUUUCAUCUUGGUUGUAUCAGUUCAGAGUAUGGGAAAUAUUGUGUGAACAAAAAGCUAGGGUGUUGGGAUUAGUAGAGCAGUACAGGAUUGGAAGUAUAUUUAUAUUUUCCCUUGUUUAGUAUCUUGGUUCCAAAAGUCCAGAUGGCUGUUCUUUACUGCAUUGGAUUUUUUAGCCCAGAUUUGUUAGCCCUACCACCCAUCUAGACUCUGAAAUGGUGCAGCCUAGACACAAAUUAAUCACUUAGUUUAGUCAUGGUAAACUUCUAACCUGGAGUCUAAUGUAGCUUAUGUUCUCUAAUCUACUCUACAAAGUUCUCCCUACACAUCCCUUCCAUUGUCCAUGCUCCCGACUUUUGAUCCUGUUUUUCUAGACUUCCUUUUUUUGUUUAAAUUUUAGGGGAUGUUUCUAGUAAACAUACUUACCAGAGAUCAGAUAUUCUUUCCCCAGAUAUUCUGGUAUUUAAUUGACUUUUUCCAGAUGCCCAUUUCUGGGCAACUGAGAAACUUAAAGAAAGGAACAUAUAGGUAGCUAGAGGGAGCCUUUGGCCAACUCCAAAUGGACUCUCUUGCUUUGUCCUUGCUUAUAUUUCUCAUGUGAAGUUCUUAGUAACCUCCAGAAUGACUCUGAAUCCUUGGAGCAGCUUUAUUGUUCUUUAAUGUUGGGACACAGAGGCAAUUUCUUUUGGAAUCUGCUCAUCUUUGCAGCUUUGGAACUGAAGUGUGGAAAGUGUAUUAACUGACCAAUUGGUAACAGAAUGAAGCUUUCAAAUACUCAUGGCCAGUCCUGUCCUCCUCAAAUAUUAGACUUCCUUUGAUUAAUCAAUAGUGCUUGCCUCAUGCACUUACUGAUGAAAUAAUCAAUAUACAGUAUAUCUCUAUGUUCAUGCACAUAAGCCUAUAGUGCGUGCACCACCUUAUGCUACCAGGGUCACUGAUGCAUUUGGGAAGUAAAAGAUUGUUCCCAAACUCAGUCUUCUGUGACCUUACCUUCUCCAACCUAGUAACAUAUUCUAUGCAGCUCAUGGGAAGAAGCCUCUCUUCCAUGCCACAGAACCUUGACAAAGAUCCCAUCCCAGAAUCCAUCUGCCUCAACUAUAAUUCUCCACCUCAAUUUUUGCAUAAAAGAGAGAGUUUCCUUCACAUAAACACACAUUGAGAAAAACUCCCAAGAGCAACCCUUGACAGGAUUUAAGAUGCCAGCCAUCUUUUUUAUAUUCCAGGUUUCUGCUCACAUCCAAUAAUGUCAUGUAUGCCAAAGUUAUAUAUUGAUUUCAUUAUUUUUAUAUUGGCUUUAAGUCUGUACUGCUAUACUGCUUUCUGGAGCACUGGGGAUGAGGGAUGUUUGUGAAAUGUUUGUAUCUUGCAAUAUAUGCACACAUACACAUACACAUACCUACCUACAUCCUUGGAGGUUUCAAUUAUUUAUGGCCGUCUUCCCUAACCUGGGCAUGCAGAUGUGUGGACUUCAAUUCCCAGAAUUCCCCAUCUAGCAUGGCUGUUGCUGAACAUGGCAUGCAGAUGUGUGACUUCAAUUCCCAGAAUUCCCCAUCUAGCUGGAAUCAAAAGGUUAGGAAGGUUCCUUCAUGCACAGGCUAGUUGGACAGUCUUCUAGAAUGUCUCUCAGAAGCACAAAACACUCUUCAGAUCGGGGAGAAAUUCCACUUUAUUUCCAGCACAGGGGGAAAAAAAAGUUCAUUGAUUUAGAAUUUCUUCCCUUUGUCUCUUUUAAGAAACAGCAACAAUUAUAAUGGAAAAUUUCGCUUAAUUUUUUUAUAUGAAUGUAAUAUAAUUCAUUUUGUACUAACCUGAUGGUAAUUUGCUUUUGUAAAUGUUUUGAACCAUAUCUUUAUACAUUUCUAAAAGGAAUUUGUGUUAAACAUGGCAUCAAAUUGUAUAUGUAUGACAAUACAAAUCUGGGUUUACUAAUUAAACAAAAUUAUCUUACAGGUGGUGAAAAAACAUCCCAGUUUACAGUUAUGUAAAGUGUAUAAUAUGUACAUACCCUUUGGAAUACAAAUAUUUUGAUACAA